UACAAGUAAAUAUGGUAUGGACAUCCCAUGAACCAAAACUCGUCUUCUUCUGCGCAACGUUAUCUGACGUCAUGUGGAAUGAAUGACCUUCCACUUCUGUGUUGACAUCUGAUGUCAAAUAUCAAUUUUAAGGGUUAUGAGGCAGUUAUGAGUUUUUGUGGUUAUGAGGGUUAUUGUUUAUUGUUACCAAACUGAUGCGUAAAAACAAAUUGGUGGUUUGCUAGCGACCUAGCGUUGUUAAAAAAAUAGCGGGGAUGAUAGCAAAUAAUAAGAAAAUAUCUGUGUCCUUGUUAUGCUCCGUCUUUUCGACAGCAGGUAUUUUUUGCUUCCAGUAUGGCGAUCCUGUUACUGUCAUUUGGCCGUCAAUUGCCUUGGUGGUAACACGUCUUCCACGACUGUUUGCUGGUUACCGGUGACACUUUCUCGUUGAAUAGGGCUGGAAUUACUUUGGGACUGGAAUAGUGUUCUUUCCGGUCCGUUAACUCAAUAAUUCUAGUACAGUCUGUCGUAACCUCAAAUCGUAAACACAUCAACCUUUCGUUGACAGAUAGCGAAAAUUACUAGCCUCGCGCUAUCUUUGUUUAACACAUAGGUUAGGUUCCUCUCUGUCGAAUUCCGACCACAGGCAGUUUGCCGUACUUUCUAAAAGUAAUAGUAGAUCUAGUGACUUUAGUUGGGCUCGGUAAAUAUUUCAAUUUCCCGCCUGAAUACAGCCAGGUGACGUCAGCAAACCUGCGUAUGUCCAUACCAUAUUUACUUGUAUCAUGCAUACAGCCUACCCCUUGCGGUCAACGUACUUGGGACCAGUUCUCUGACCGGGGACCUACUGUGUAUGAUUUUCUAUGGCUACAAUGUUGGGGCAAUUUUUGCUGCCUCAGAGCUACGGCGGAACUAUAGCCACCACAUUGUAGCCCUUAGCAACGAUCAUGAAGGAACGAAUAUAAUUCAUUCGUCCAUGGCAACGACAUAUGUCAUUGGUCAUUCUGUUGUAAACAUAACCUCCAUCUUCCAUCGCAACAGUGCCGGUUGUUUCCUUACGUUUUUCAACGAAUUUCCAUGGCAAAUAAGUCCAACAAAACCCGAUCGAAAAACUUUACAACCACCGAAGUUUCGAUUUUGGUGGACGAAGUCACAAAAAAACGUGAUGUAUUAUGGGGACCUCUGAAGGGGCCCAAAUUAACGCAGUUUCAUCGCGAUAGGGCGUGGAAGAGUGUAGUGGAAAGCGUUAAUGCUGUAGCUCCGGUGGUUCGGUCACUGGAGGAGAUCCGGAGAAAAAUUCGUGACCUAAAGUUUCGAACGAAACAAAAGGCGGAUGCCUUUAAACGUGUAGCAAAAGAGAUAGAUGGGGACGAAAAUGAUGUUCCUUUAUUGAGUGAACUGGACCGGAAAGUUAUUGCAUUUAUCGACACAGAAAACGUAGAGGAGAUUCAAGGAGGCAAUGAUACUUCCAGGGAACAAGAAUCGUUAUCUUCCCCUUCUUCGCCGAAUGUUCUCAGCAUAUCUGCAUUAUCCCCACUACCACUACCACCCAUAUCUCCAGUAGAAGAACCUACCGCUAAAAUUAAAAAAAAAAGUAGCAGAGCCCUCGCAGCUGAGCACAUGCUCAGCACAACGCUAUUACAGGAAGAGCAUACCCUGGCAGUACAGGAGCAAAAUGCGCUGUUGUGGAAACAGAAUCUUGCCCUCAGAGAUCAAAAUGACUUAUUACGUGAAAUGCUCAGUGAGUGCAGAGGUUUUAGAAAAGAUAUUGUUCGUGAAAUUAGAGAUUUUAAAGAACAAAUGGUGAGUGUAUUGCGACGAAGGAGUCUGGACAGUGAAGAAAAAAAUUGUUUUAAAAAAAGAAGGAUUAGUUAAGUGUUGUUUUUUUUUUUAAUUUGAAUUAUUGUGUUAUUUUUUUAGGUUAGUCGUUGUUUGUGUUUAAUUUUAAAAAAUAUUUUCUAUUUUUUCUUAUGUGUACUUGUUUGUUUUUGAAUUAAAAUUUUAAUUCCGCAA